CUGCGCGUUGAGUCGUUUCCGGCCGGAUGACCCGAGCCUUUUACGCAGUCGCAGGACGGGCGCUUUGGAGUCGGCCCUUGGCAGUGUGUGUCAGUCGUCUGGUCUGGAGAAGUAGUCCUCGACUCACGUUGGACCCUGGGCGUUUUUUACACAUGGGGACCCAGGCAAGCCAAAACAUUGCUGCUCACCUAGAUAACCAGGUUCCAGUUGAGAGUCCCAGAGCUAUUUCCCGCACCAUUGAGAAUGACCCGGCCAAGCAUGGGGAUCAGCACGAGGGUCAGCACUACAACAUCUCCCCCCAGGAUUUGAAGACUGUAUUUCCCCAUGGCCUUCCUCCUCGCUUUGUGAUGCAGGUGAAGACACUCAGUGAAGCUUGCCUGAUGGUAAGGAAACCAGCCCUAGAACUUCUGCAUUACCUGAAAAACACCAAUUUUGCUUAUCCGGCUGUACGAUAUCUUCUGUAUGGAGAGAAGGGAACAGGAAAAACCCUCAGUCUCUGCCAUGUUAUUCAUUUCUGUGCAAAACAGGACUGGCUGAUACUACAUAUUCCAGAUGCUCAUCUUUGGGUGAAAAAUUGCCGUGAUCUUCUGCAGUCCAACUACAACAAACAGCGCUUUGAUCAACCUUUAGAGGCUUCAACCUGGCUGAAGAAUUUCAAAACUACAAAUGAGCGCUUCUUGAACCAGAUAAAAGUUCAAGAGAAGUAUGUCUGGAAUAAGAGAGAAAGCACUGAGAAAGGCAGUCCUCUGGGAGAAGUGGUUGAACAGGGCAUCACGCGGGUGAGGAACGCCACAGAUGCAGUUGGAAUUGUGCUGAAAGAGCUAAAGAGGCAAAGUUCUUUGGGUAUUUUUCACCUCCUGGUGGCCGUGGAUGGAAUCAAUGCUCUUUGGGGAAGAACCACCCUGAAAAGAGAAGAUAAAAGCCCGAUUGCCCCAGAGGAAUUAGCACUUGUUCACAACUUGAGGAAAAUGACGAAAAAUGAUUGGCAUGGUGGUGCCAUUGUGUCGACUUUGAGCCAGACUGGGUCUCUCUUUAAGCCCCGGAAAGCCUAUCUGCCCCAGGAGUUGCUGGGAAAGGAAGGAUUUGAUGCCCUGGAUCCCUUUAUUCCCAUCCUGGUUUCCAACUAUAACCCAAAGGAAUUUGAAAGUUGUAUUCAGUAUUAUUUGGAAAACAAUUGGCUUCAACAUGAGAAAGCUCCUACAGAAGAAGGGAAAAAAGAGCUGCUGUUCCUAAGUAACGCGAACCCCUCGCUGCUGGAGCGGCACUGUGCCUACCUCUAAGCCACGAUCACAACAUGUGAGGAAGACAGUGGACAUCUCCUUUUGUCUGGACCUAGUGAGAUGAGGAAGUCGGGCAGUACACAGGAAGACGAGCCAGGCCCUUGUACCUAGGGGAUUGGACAGGACUGCAGUUGGCUCUAGACCUGCAUUAAAAUGGGUUUCACUGUGAAUGCGUGACAAUAAGAUGUUCCCUUGUUCCUGAAACUUCUAUUGGUUUAUUGGAUGUGGUUUUUCACAUUUAAGAUAACUGUGGCUCUUUUCCUAAAAAUAAAAAAUAAAAUACCUUUCUAAA